GGAGAGCGAGAGACCGAACGAGGAGACGCGAGGAGGAGGGAGGAGGAAGGGAGGGAGGGAGGCGGGAGGAGAGCGGAAUGAAAACCUCGGAGGGGCGAAAAAGCAGCACAGCAAAGCCCAAGUUGCUGAGCGAGCGGAGCGCUCCCGCGGCCCGGAGCCGAGCGGCCGCCGCGCCCAGGAGCCCGGCCCGGCCCCGCCCGCUCUGGGCCCCCGCAGGCCAAGGCCGCCGGGCGGGGGCGGGGACGACCAACUUGGGGUGCGGCGCAGCCCCGCUCUCCCGAGAGCUCGGAACCCGGGAGCGCCACGGCCGCGGCCAGAAGGCGGGAGAGGAGCGAGGCGAGCGGAGGCGGCGAGCGGCGCCCGCGCCGCAGCCCCGGCCUGGGGGAGAGCGCGAAUAUUUUUCAAAAGACUCAAACUUUCCUCCUUUCCCCGUUUUCUGGGGCCCCUCUUGCCUGGAAUUGCACUCCAGAUUCCCGCGGGGCGCCGGGCUGCUAUUCCUCCCCCGGGUUUCUCGGCGACUCGGCUAACUUCACGGACCCGGGGACCCGCGGCGCUCGUCCCUCGGCCGAACCCAGCCCGCGCUGCUCCCCGGAUCAGGAGGGCCGGACCCGGGGCUCCUUCGCCGCCGCGAGUGCGUUCAGGCCGGCCCCCUGAGUCGGGCCGCUGAACCCACGGCAGCGGCCGCAGGACUGGAAACAGCGGAUUAACUCGAGCGGAGCCCCGGCCUCCCCGACUCCGCUCCGCUGAGGGGCGGCUCCAGUGCGGGGAAACGACAAGUUUGUCAGUCGUCCGUGGCCUGUUGAAUCGAAGCGCCGCCGCCGCCGCCGAGAGGUCCCCGGCGCCCAGCAUCCCGCGCGGACAGCCCUGGGGACCCGCGGCGGCUCGGCGGCCGGGCUCCUCGGGUCGGGGCGCUGGCUGCUGCGCCGGGCGCGCCGAGGCACCCGGGGCUGGGCCAGCGCCCCCUGCGUCCCCACGCGGGCAGCGACCCCGCCGGAGGAGAAACCCGGGUCGCCGCCACCUCCGCCUCUUCAAUCUCCUGGUCUUCGUCGCCACUCUCUCUGUCACCACCUCUCAGGGAAAGGGGGGACAUAGGGGCGUCGCGGGGCCCCGGCGAAUGCGCCCCCCGCCGCCUCUCGAGCUGCGCCGCCUCGCGGGGAUGAAGCACCGGCCGUGAAGAUGGAGGUGACCUGCCUUUUACUUCUGGCGCUGAUCCCCUUCCACUGCCGGGGACAAGGAGUCUACGCUCCAGCCCAGGCCCAGAUCGUGCAUGCGGGCCAGGCGUGUGUGGUGAAAGAGGACAAUAUCAGUGAGCGCGUCUACACCAUCCGAGAGGGGGACACCCUCAUGCUGCAGUGCCUUGUAACUGGGCACCCACGACCCCAGGUACGGUGGACCAAGACGGCAGGUAGCGCCUCGGACAAGUUCCAGGAGACAUCGGUGUUCAACGAGACACUGCGCAUCGAGCGUAUUGCGCGCACGCAGGGCGGCCGCUACUACUGCAAGGCUGAGAACGGCGUGGGGGUGCCGGCCAUCAAGUCCAUCCGCGUGGACGUGCAGUACCUGGAUGAGCCAAUGCUGACGGUGCACCAGACAGUGAGCGAUGUGCGAGGCAACUUCUACCAGGAGAAGACGGUGUUCCUGCGCUGUACUGUCAACUCCAACCCGCCUGCCCGCUUCAUCUGGAAGCGGGGCUCCGAUACCCUGUCCCAUAGCCAGGACAAUGGGGUCGACAUCUAUGAGCCCCUCUACACUCAGGGGGAGACCAAGGUCCUGAAGCUGAAGAACCUGCGGCCUCAGGACUAUGCCAGCUACACCUGCCAGGUGUCUGUGCGUAACGUAUGCGGCAUCCCAGACAAGGCCAUCACCUUCCGGCUCACCAACACCACAGCACCACCAGCCCUGAAGCUGUCUGUGAACGAAACUCUGGUGGUGAACCCUGGGGAGAAUGUGACGGUGCAGUGUCUGCUGACAGGCGGUGAUCCCCUCCCCCAGCUGCAGUGGUCCCAUGGGCCUGGCCCACUGCCCCUGGGUGCUCUGGCCCAGGGUGGCACCCUCAGCAUCCCUUCAGUGCAGGCCCGGGACUCUGGCUACUACAACUGCACAGCCACCAACAAUGUGGGCAACCCUGCCAAGAAGACUGUCAACCUGCUGGUGCGAUCCAUGAAGAACGCUACAUUCCAGAUCACUCCUGACGUGAUCAAAGAGAGUGAGAACAUCCAGCUGGGCCAGGACCUGAAGCUAUCAUGCCACGUGGAUGCAGUGCCCCAGGAGAAGGUGACCUACCAGUGGUUCAAGAAUGGCAAGCCGGCACGCAUGUCCAAGCGGCUGCUGGUGACCCGCAAUGAUCCUGAGCUGCCCGCGGUCACCAGCAGCCUAGAGCUCAUUGACCUGCACUUCAGUGACUACGGCACCUACCUGUGCAUGGCUUCUUUCCCAGGGGCACCCGUGCCCGACCUCAGCGUCGAGGUCAACAUCUCCUCUGAGACAGUGCCGCCCACCAUCAGUGUGCCCAAGGGUAGGGCCGUGGUGACUGUGCGCGAGGGAUCUCCUGCCGAGCUGCAAUGCGAGGUGCGGGGCAAGCCGCGGCCGCCCGUGCUCUGGUCCCGUGUGGACAAGGAGGCUGCACUGCUGCCCUCGGGGCUGCCCCUGGAGGAGACUCCGGACGGGAAGCUGCGGCUGGAGCGAGUGAGCCGAGACAUGAGCGGGACCUACCGCUGCCAGACGGCCCGCUAUAAUGGCUUCAACGUGCGCCCCCGUGAGGCCCAGGUGCAGCUGAACGUGCAGUUCCCGCCGGAGGUGGAGCCCAGUUCCCAGGACGUGCGCCAGGCGCUGGGCCGGCCCGUGCUCCUGCGCUGUUCGCUGCUGCGAGGCAGCCCCCAGCGCAUCGCCUCGGCUGUGUGGCGCUUCAAAGGGCAGCUGCUGCCGCCGCCACCUGUUGUUCCCGCCGCCGCUGAGACGCCGGAUCAUGCGGAGCUGCGCCUCGACGCCGUAACUCGCGACAGCAGCGGCAGCUACGAGUGCAGCGUCUCCAACGACGUGGGCUCGGCUGUCUGCCUCUUCCAGGUCUCCGCCAAAGCCUACAGCCCGGAGUUUUACUUCGACACCCCCAACCCCACCCGCAGCCACAAGCUGUCCAAGAACUACUCCUACGUGCUGCAGUGGACUCAGAGGGAGCCUGAUGCUGUCGACCCUGUGCUCAACUACAGACUCAGCGUCCGCCAGUUGAACCAGCACAAUGCGGUGGUCAAGGCCAUCCCGGUCCGGCGUGUGGAGAAGGGGCAGCUGCUGGAGUACAUCCUGACCGACCUCCGUGUGCCCCACAGCUAUGAGGUCCGCCUCACACCCUAUACCACCUUCGGGGCUGGUGACAUGGCCUCCCGCAUCAUCCACUACACAGAGCCCGUCAACUCUCCGAACCUUUCAGACAACACCUGCCACUUUGAGGAUGAGAAGAUCUGUGGCUACACCCAGGACCUGACAGACAACUUUGACUGGACGCGGCAGAAUGCCCUCACCCAGAACCCCAAACGCUCCCCCAACACCGGUCCCCCCACUGACAUAAGUGGCACCCCUGAGGGCUACUACAUGUUCAUCGAGACAUCAAGGCCUCGGGAGCUGGGGGACCGUGCAAGGUUAGUGAGUCCCCUCUACAAUGCCAGCGCCAAGUUCUACUGUGUCUCCUUCUUCUACCACAUGUACGGGAAACACAUCGGCUCCCUCAACCUCCUGGUGCGAUCCCGGAACAAAGGGGCUCUGGACACGCAUGCCUGGUCCCUCAGUGGCAAUAAGGGCAAUGUGUGGCAGCAGGCCCAUGUGCCCAUCAGCCCCAGUGGGCCCUUCCAGAUUAUUUUUGAGGGGGUUCGAGGCUCAGGCUACCUGGGGGAUAUUGCCAUAGAUGACGUCACACUGAAGAAGGGGGAGUGUCCCCGGAAGCAGAUGGAUCCCAAUAAAGUGGUGGUGAUGCCGGGCAGUGGAGCUCCCUGCCAGUCCAGCCCACAGCUGUGGGGGCCCAUGGCCAUCUUCCUCUUGGCGUUGCAGAGAUGAUGAGAGCUGUGUGGCCCCCCCCGCAACUUUGCCCCCGGCACACCAAAGUGUCCACAUUGUACCAAAGACUGACCCCUGCCAGCUGGGGUGCCCAGGGGCAGGGCCGGCCUGCCAGGGAGGGGGCCUGCAUUGGCUGCAAGGAUGAGCAGAGGACAAGGACAGAGGCCAGGCACUGAGGCCCUGCAGACAGCUGUUCCACAUGCACACACGCACACACUCAUGCUCUCACACACAGAGAUAUUAAAGCACAAGUUUCUAUCCGACCUGCCAGCACCUUCUUUACUGCAAAGACAGGGGACUUGCCUGAAUGGCAUCUGCCAACCCAGGGACCUUGGCGCAACAUAGGCCUUGUCCUUGCUGCACUCGUGGUGUGCUUCUGACUUUCCCCUGUCCCCUAACUCAAGGCCGAACUCCAGCCUGGUGGCUUUGCCAGAAGGGAGCCAGAAGUGGGGCAGACAUGAAGCCCCUCCCUUGGUCAGACUCUGGGACUCCUGAGAUGGGAGAGACAGGGAUCAGAGGCGGAACAGGUGGGACUUUGCAAGCUCUGUGGAUGUCCCACGUCCAGGGGACAACCAGGAAGGUAGGGCACCUGCUGCACACAACUUUGUCCAGAGUGAGCACUGGAUGGUGGAGACCACAGGUCACCCCAGAUCCCUUGACCUAUUUCUGGGACACCAUAUUUCCCUCCUCAGUGUGCGCCCUUUGAAGGGACCCAGCACAGGGUCUUGGGCCUGGGCAGUCUGAAGACUGACACCUUCCCCACUCCACCCUACAAGCAGUGGGACUCCUGAGAACACGGUUCCCUCCUAGCCUCAGCCGCCAGCUGGGUCUCAGAGGAGCUGGGGGAGUGGUGGCCAGCCCGUUUUCUGGGGUGAAGCUUGACUUUGAGAAAGGCAGAAGGGAAGUCCUGCCUCUGUGAUUUGGUGCCCCCAUAUCAGACAGUGAAUUUGAAGUGGAGAGAGGCCUUCCUUUCUUACCUACUUGGCACGAAAGGGUGCCCUGGGUAGGAGGGUGUGUGCAGGGCAAAAUGCCAAAAAGCACUGUCUAGUCAAAAGUUCCCUUCUCCACCCAGGGGCAGUGAAGGAGGAGGGGCUUAUAGAGCUGGGAUUGGUGGAGGGAGCAGGUGCCAGUCCCCUCACUCUCUGGGAGCUGUGAAAGGGCUCCCUGUCCUUGGGUCCUGGGUUAGGCGCCUGAGAUUGACAUGAUGGGAUCUAGAUCUUUCCUCCUUGACAUCACCCCUGAGCCCCCACCCAGCCAUCCAUGGGAGAGAGAAGGCCCUUCUAGAAUGAGUCUUUACGCAUGCGUGCAUAUGUGUGUAUGUGUGUGUGCCCGUCUGUGUCUAGGUACCACCGUGGGUACCUCGUUGAGCAGGAGUGUGUGCAAACACAGGUCUGUGUGUGCAAUCACACAUAUUUGCCUGUGAGACUGGAUGGAGACCCAGUCGUUUCUGUGAGUGUCCAUGUACGUCAGUGUGUGUGCCCAUCUUCCUGAGUGAUGUGUUUGCUUGUAGGGUGCUGACUGAAUAGAUUCUGUCCAGCCCUGCUCUGUAGUCUCAAGCUGCCUGUGAUGGCCUAAAAUUCCACCUUUCAUCCCCUAUGAAUGACAAAGAACUUACAGAUGACCUUACUGAACACAAGCACCUUUGGUGAGGAGUGUCACAGGGCUCCUCCUGGAGCAUUUGGUGGGGACAGCUGCAGAGAAGAGGCCUGGAACUCGGGCAGCACUGCAGCGCCAGGCGGCAGGCGGGGAACCGAGGCAAAGGCUGCCCAUCUCCUCCCCCUGCCAGGCCUGUGUGAUCAUUAUCACCAACAGCUGGUGGGUGGCCGGGCCAGGAUGUAGCGGGGUCUUCUGAUGCCUGAUCAGCAUGGCUGCCUUCCUGGCCCAGCCAAGGCCUCCAUCCGAAAUGAGUCGCUCCAGGUUCUCAGCAUACACUUCCAUUGCGUCUGUCGGGUAUUGUUCCCUAAUUGUCCCAUCUGUGCAGAGUCUGUUGCCCCCAACUAGACUGUGAGCUCCUCCUCAGAGCCUUCCAAGUCCUCCCUCCACCUCCACCACCUCCCGCUGGUGCCCAGCACAAGUGGGCCUGGUGUGGAAACCACUCCAUUGCCCAGUGGAAUGGAUUCUGUAAUGAGUGGUUCCUGGCCUCGCCUGCGGAAUAGAAUCACCAGAGUCCUUUAAAAAGCAUUGCUGCUUGGGUCCCACCUCAGAGGCUCUGAUUUCAUUGGACUGGAGCACAGUCGGACAUCAGAAUGUUGAAAAGCUCCUCAGGUUCUCCUGACAGCAGGAACCACUGGCCUGGCACCUCCUGGGUGCUUCCUCUGUGCCCUCGCUGGGGUAGGCAUUGGAGCACCACAGAUGAAUAGCCCCAAGUGCUUCCUCUUUGGGGUUCCUAAGGCACCCUGUGCCUGCUUCCCUCUGAGGACCUUCCAAUCCAUCUGCCCCGCAACCCUGGCUACUCCAACAGGGGGACUUGUCUCCCUUGUUCCCCUCAGGAUCCAUACAGCCUGCCACAGUAAAGGUGCUCAGUACAUGUUGGCUGGGCUGAACUGCAUACAUGUGGCCCCCAGAUUCCUGGUCUUUAUGGGUGGAGGGCACAAGGUGCGGGGGCGGGGGAAUGCUGCUGGAGGUCUCAGUGGGUGCAGACAGCCCUGCCUGGAGGAUGGCUUGACCCGGGGUUGAUAGAGUGUGUCUGCUGAAACACUGAGGUCCCCACGUGUGAAUGGGUGAGGUUGAUGUGUAUGUCUGUGUGUGCCAGCAGGUGGGUGGGGGAUGUGGGUGUCAGUGUAUGCCAGCGGGCACUGUGAGUGUCUAGGCACGUGCUGGUCUGUGUGUGUUUGCGUAUUCCUCAGCAGAAAUGAGUGGCUUUGUGUAUCACCAGGUGACUUGUCAGUGUCAGUGUCUGUGUGUGCCUGUGAGCCAGCAUCUCUGUAUCAGUGUUGCUCAUGCUGUGUGUCUUUGUGUGCCACGGUGUGUCCGUGUCUGUUGAUGGGUGGCCCAUGAGUGACCCCCGCCAGGGGAGACAAGGCUGGCUGGAUCCAGCACAUCUCCCCAGUGGCAGCCUCGCCCUCUGGGUCAGGGUGACUGAGGCAUUUUGUGGCCUUAAAAUGGGGUGUUAGCCCUCAGGAUGCUGGGGCCCUUCCAUCCCUUGUCCCCUUCAUGUUGGUGAAAAGCACUCCAGGGGCCGGGUGCUGUAGAGCAGCUUAUGGAAAUCUCAGCUUGGCUGUCCUGCCCUUGGGGCCACAGAUGGGCUCCUAGGGUGCUGAGUGAAGCCUGAAGACCAAGCCCCUCCUCCUGGAAUGCUCCUUCCACCCCUGCCUCUUGGAGAUGGGCCUGACACCUCUUUCCCAUUCAUUCUCCUUUUCCCUGUGCUCUGGGAAAGCCCCUGGCUCAGGCUGUCAGAGUGAGGAUGGACCUCAAAAGUUUGAACCCCUUGUGCAGAUGAAGAAGCUGAAUCCCAGAGUGGGGAAGGGGAGUGGCCCAAGAUCACACAGCUAGUUUGAGUAGAGCCAGUCUUGGGAGAGCAGGUACUACAGCCCUGGGGGUGUCACACCACUUAUCACUGCCCCUGAGGUCUCCUGCCAAACAACUGCAGGGAGUUUGGCUAACAGUCCUGUCUCCAGGGUGCCGGUGGGGAUGUUAUAGAUGUUGCUGGGAUCCCACCCUGGGAGAGAUGCUAUCUCCCGGCUCUAAAUUCUGGCCUCUCAUCCCAGGCUGCAGACCCUUCUGCCCCAUGGCAGGCCUGGGUGCCACACAGAGGUAGCCACCCUCCCGCCAGUGUCUGCAGCUGCCACCCCUCUCCCAGGCCCCCAGAGAGAAGAGACCCUGUUUCCCCACCUCUCCCCUGUGAUUUCACAAGAGCUCGGGCUAGGAGUGCAGGUCAGCAUGUCCUCAUGUGCUCAUCCUCUUCACUUCCCCAAAGACCAGGAGGGUCACGGGUGGGGCGUGCAGAAUCUUUGUGUUUUUUCUCGCUGGGCAGCUCGAGGGACUGGGGAGUAUUCCCAGGGUCUUUCCUCUGCUCUGGAGAGUCCCUGCAGAGCCACUGACUGAGGCUGGGUUCAGGGUUCAGGGGAGGCCUUCAUGCUUCCAAAGGCCGGGAAGCACCUGCCUCUCUAUCGAGUCAGUGCUGUGCGUGUGUGUCCGAGAAUGUGGUGUGUGAUGUGUGGAGUGUGCAUGUGUGUGUGUUGGGGCAGAAGGACCACUCUUUCCUGGGGAUCCCUUGACCCUUAUAACUAGAAGGGACGUUAGGGAGCAUCUAAUCUGGUGCCCCCAUUGUACAGGCGAGGUCCAGAGGGAUAGCAUCUGCCCACCCCACCCCUUGCCCUCUCGUUGCCUGCACUCAUUUCCCAGGGACCCUCCCAGGAUAGGAAUGCCCUCCUUCCUAGCCCCCUCCCACCCUCCUCCCAGCCACCCACAUAAUCACCAUCUCAGCCCAACUCUGGUGGUCCUCUAGGCCCCGGUGGUCUCCAUGCAUCCUUCCUGCCCCAGAGUAGCCAGCUCACCAAGGCCUUUAUCCCCAGCCCAGGAGAAGGGGCAGGCAGGGAAGGGGCUGCUCCAGCCCUGAGGCCUCAAAGACUUGGGAGAAAAGCCAAAACUCCUCAUGCCAAGGCCCACAUGUCUGACCACCCCAGCCCACCCCACCACCAAGGUAAAAGCACAACAGGAGACCCCCUUAUUAAUGGGUGAAAUGUAUUGGGGUUGUUUUUUUAGUCACACGACCCCGUCCUCACCCCUUUGCCUUGCUGUCUGUCUCCACCCCAGCCUCUGUUCCCCAUUUGCCUCUCUUUCACCUCCAAGCCCCCAAAUGUAACCUCUAGUUGCGGACGCGGUUGUUCUAUCAAUAAAGCUGCAGUGUUCUAGC